CUCUCUCUCUCUCUAUAUAUAUAUAUGUAUGUAUGUCUAUGUAUAUGUAUUUGUAUAUGUGGAUGGAGUUUGAAUAACAAUAAAAGAAGCCUGGAAAUGAAAUUUUAGGGUUCUGAAGGUUUGAAUCAUUUCCAAGUAAAACAGGCAAUUCAUAGGGUGUUGUAAACAAGGCUUUUGAACUGGUAUUCGAUCGCGAACAACAUGAAUUAUAUUAUUGGAGCUUUCAAGCCUGCUUGUAACAUUUCAAUCACAUUUUCUGAUGAGAAAACUCGUAAGAAGGUUCCCAUGAAGAAGGAAAAUGGUCAAACAAUGAUGAUCCCACUCUUCCAAAGUCAAGAAAACAUUGCUGGGAAGAUUUCUAUUGAACCAGUUCAAGGGAAGAGGGUUGAACAUAAUGGGAUUAAAAUUGAACUCCUUGGUCAGAUAGAAAUGUAUUUCGACAGAGGCAACUUCUAUGACUUUACCUCCCUUGUUCGUGAACUGGAUGUUCCUGGUGAAUUAUUUGAAAGGAAGACAUAUCCCUUCGAAUUUUCUACGGUUGAAAUGCCUUAUGAAACAUACAAUGGGGUGAAUGUGCGGCUCAGGUAUGUCCUGAAAGUUACAAUUAGUCGUGGUUAUGCUGGCAGCAUUGUGGAAUACCAAGAUUUUGUGGUUCGCAAUUACAGCCCACCCCCUGAUAUUAACAAUAGUAUUAAGAUGGAAGUUGGGAUUGAAGAUUGCCUUCAUAUAGAAUUUGAGUACAAUAAAAGCAAGUAUCAUCUGAAAGACGUUAUUGUGGGCAAGAUAUAUUUUCUUCUUGUAAGAAUAAAGAUUAAAAAUAUGGACCUUGAGAUCAGACGCAGAGAAUCAACAGGAUCAGGGGCCAACACCCAUGUUGAGACCGAGACACUUGCAAAGUUUGAGUUGAUGGAUGGUGCUCCAGUCAGAGGUGAAUCAAUACCAAUCAGACUGUUCCUUAGCCCCUAUGAACUGACGCCAACACAUCGCAACAUCAACAACAAAUUCAGCGUGAAAUAUUAUUUGAACCUUGUUCUUGUUGAUGAAGAGGACCGCCGGUAUUUCAAGCAGCAGGAGAUCACACUAUACCGCCUUGCAGAAACUUCUUAAUUUUUUCUUACACGAAAUUGCCGUUCCAUCUAGGGAAAAAGGAAUAGAGAAAUUAAUUUCUUCAUGAGAAGACCAUAUGGACCGUGGACGACUGGUCAUAUCAUCAGAACUAUGUUUCUUGAAGAGUGUCACAUUGAAUUUGUAUUUUAUUGGUGAUUCCCCUCUUUGAUACAACAUUGUUAGGUUUGUAUAGACAGGCAUCUUUGUACAUGGGAUUUGCACCUAGGAGUGGGGGACCUCUCUGGUUGAUGUUUUGAUGCUAAUACCUCUAAACUUACAAUAUGCUUUGGUGAUCAACCCAUAUCAUGUAUUCUUUCAAAUAAAGGCAGAUAUAGCAGAAAAAAAUACAUAAUACCAGGUAAUUUUGUAGAUUUGGUUGC